CAGGUUUGUCCAGUACCAUUAGGGAGGAGCAAGCAAGUGUGAUGAGCACACACCUUGAAACCCGAUUUUCCUCCAGGUGCAGAACUGAAAACAUCGUUCGCGACGUCACUGUGAACAAUCGGUCGUAGAGCGUUGAAAGAUUACAUUCUAAGUGGACAUCAGUAUGCGAGGUGAUAAAAGCAGCAACCCACCAUACCAGCCAAGUGGUAGCAAAAACCAUAGUAGCAGACACAGACAUAGUGAGUUCAUGUCGAAUCCAGCAUAUUCCUACCGCCAAGGAGACAAGAUGCUCCACUUCUAUCGCUGGACUUCGCCACCAGGUGUGAUGAAGAUACUUUGUAUCAUCAUCAUCAUCAUGUGUGUGGCUGUGUUUGCCUGUGUGGCUUCAACACUUGCCUGGGACUAUGAUAUGAAUGCCAUUGGUCUUGGCGGUAGUGGCUUGGUGCCAGGCUUUGGUGGCACAUACGGUGGCACAUACGGUGGCUCAUACGGAGGCUCAUACGGAGGCUCAUACGGAAGCAUUGGUGGAGGGAUUGGAGGAGGGAUUGGAGGUACCUACAGUGGCUAUGGAGGAACUACACAAAUGGAUCCUAGAGCUGGAAAAGCCUUCAUUAUCGCCAUUGCCGCCAUCACCUUCAUAGCUGUGCUCGUCAUUUUUGUUUUGGUUGUGUCAAGACAAAGAGCUGCACACUCAUCAAAGUUCUACCUAGCAACAAUCAUCAUCUGUGCCAUCUUGGCAUUUUUAAUGAUCAUUGCCACAAUUGUGUACCUGGUGGCCGUGAACCCCACUGCCCAGUCCACAGGGUCCAUUUACUACAAUCAGGUUCGCCAGCUGUGUGCUCAGUAUCAAAACCAAAACCAGGCCCAGGGUAUCUUUCUCAACCAAUACCUGUACCAUUACUGCGUGGUGGAGCCCCAAGAGGCCAUAGCAAUCGUCCUGGGCUUCCUGGUGUUCAUAGCCCUCAUCAUCCUUCUGGUGUUUGCUGUUAAGACACGCGCCAGCAUUAGGCGCUGGGGCAGAGAUCGUAUUCUAUGGGAAGAGGUUAAAUUUAUCAACGAUGGUCAUAGCGUUGGAGAGUGGGUAAAAAAUGUGUCAGGUGAACCGGAAACACUGGUGAAUGACUAUAAUGAUCAAGUUGGGGCACCUCAAGAUUAUAUAGAUUCAAUGGGGCAAGACAGGCCAAUUUACAUGCCAGGGAAUUCUGAUAUCUCCAGCUCAGUGGACGGCCUAAGGGGCUUGAAAGAUUAUGACACUGGUCCAGAUUUAGGAGACGACUAUGAGGAGAAUUUCAGCAAAUUGUAUCCUUCCAUUAUGGAUGAGGAGGAGCGUCUGACCUACAAACAAGAGUUUGAGCGAGAUUACCAUGAGUACAAGAGAAUUCAAGUUGAGUUGGACAACAUAAACCAGAGCCUCGCUGAUCUGGAUCAAGAACUGGACAAACAUCCAGAAGGCAGUCCACAGUUUAUGGAUGCAAUGGAACAGUACACGAGACUGAAGAAAAUGAAGCAAUCCAAUGACUACCAGAGCAACAAGAAGCGGUGCAAAUAUCUCAGAUCCAAGCUAUCCCACAUCAAGAGGAUGAUCAGUGACUAUGACCAUCGACCUUGAAUCUUGAAUUGUUAUUCAGGAUUUUGACAACCUGCACUGUCUCACUACCAAUUUUACCCUUUUUAAGACUCAUCACAAGCCUUUUACAAGAAUAAUUUUUACUUAGACUUAAGAUAGCGGGGAUUUAUGUAGCCUUUAUUCACUCACUUUUUAAAUUCCUGAAGUAUGAAGAACAAUAGAGAACAAUAAGUUGUAGAUUCAGAUUUUUUAUGUACAUAGAUGUCAAGUAACAUUGAAGAUUUGUUUUAAGCAUUUUAAAUGGAUUUUUAUUAAAACCACAAGUAAUGUCAUUCACUGAUUUCAUCAUAUAAAAUUAUUGACCAGCUGAAUUCAGCAUGUUUUCGCUUGUAAUAAUUGUAAAUAUUUUUCGCAACACUGAAAUGUUACUAUAUAUUUUGUUGUAUUAUAAUAUUUUUAACCUUACUGAAUAGCUCUUGAUGUUAUCUACACAUUUAUUCUUUGUAUGGCCGCUUUCCAGAAAUUAAACUUCCAGAUCUCACUUGUCUCAACCUGGCCUU